AUGAGACAAAGAACAACCAUUUAUAAUCCUUAUUCUAGUCAUGAUGGAAUCAUAACUAAUCUUAAUCGAACAAAUUUCCAAUUAUCAAGCAUACCUAAUCAUUUAUUCACAAUUGAGAAUAAAUAUACCAUCACCACCACCACCACACAACCUAACAAAUCAUCAUUAUAUCUGGCAAUUAAAGAAUUAAGAAUUCAAACGAAAUUCAAUAAUAAUGAAUCAGGUAUACCAAUUUUUUCAUUUCAUUAUGAACCAGGACUUAAUAUUUAUGCUGUACCACAAUCUAAUGUCGACAAAUUAGAAUUUUGGCAACAAGUUGAACAAUUGAUAAUGGAAUUAUUAGGGAUUAAAUUAUCUUCACAACAAUGGAUUGCUAAUGUUAAUUCUUUUUAUUAUCAUGAUAUUCAACCUCAACCAUUAUUGAAUUUGAAAGAAGGAUGGAAAUUCAAUUUACAUCCUAAAUCCAAUUAUGAUUAUAUAUAUAAUCAAGAUAAAAUUAUUAUUCGGGAAUUGUUAACAAAUGUGUCAGAAAUAGAAUUUAAUCUUGAACUGGGUAUUUAUAAAGAAAUUGGUUUGUUUUUAAUUGAUGAAAAAAUCUCAACUAAUGAUGAUUUGAAUUUAAGUGGUAUUAGAGUGAUAUUAGAUGAAGAUAGUAAUACUAAUAACAAAGAAGAAUCGAUACAUAAGACAAUGUUUCAUAUAAAACCAAGACAUAGGAGUUUUGAUGAUUCUACCACCAUCACCACCACCAAGAUCAUUCCACAAGGAUUACAUCCUAUUUUGAGUACUGAACUUAACACAACAACUAUUGUUAUUCCAACUGAUUUUGAUGUUGAAGAAUGUAAAUUUUAUUAUUAUUUGAAUUUAAAUAAAUCAUUAAUAUUUGAUCAAUUUCAAAACAUUCCAAUAGGAUCGCAAUUAAUUAUUAAUAAUGGGAAUAAAAAUUUAGAAUUACCAGAAUAUAAAAUUAAUCAAUGGGGUAAUGAACUUUUAUUUGAAUUUGAAUUUGAUAAUGAUAAUGAUAUCCCUCAUCAUAUAAAUUUAACAGUUCAUUCAAGAUAUCAAUUACCUCAAAAUAAUCAUUCCCAUUCCCAAAUUAGUAAUGUUUUAAAUUCGUUACCAAAUAUUUUUAUAGGUUGUAAUGUCAAAGAAGGAAAUUUAUUAGAUAAAUCACCUUUUGAUACUAAAAGAGAUGUUAAAAUUGGUGGUAAUUAUGAAAUUUAUUUUACUGAAGAUACAGUUUUUUAUCAUUUACAGAAUUCCGACAAUUCCGGCAAUUCCGGUAGUUCAACAUUAUUAGAAAUUAAUAUUCCUCAUGGGAAAACUACAUUUGAUAGAGUCAAUAAUAUAACUUCACUUGGUUUAUUAAUUGGUGUAUUGAUGAUUUUAUAUGCCAUUUCAAUAAGAGUUUUCAUGAGUACCACUUCAAAGACGAAAAGGGAUUAA